AUGGAUAUAUCAGAUAUCCCAAGUAGCCAAGAGACGGCCGAAGACCCUACUUUACCAGGCUCUUCAGCGGAAGGGGCUAGUAUUAUUCUUACACCAGAUAACGCUGAGGCGCGGCUGGCAUUUAGUGAAGUUGCCGAGUGGCUACAAGAACAGAGCGAGGAUCCUGAUGUCCAAGCUGCACGACAACACACACGAAAAUGCAUGUGGAUUUCCUCAAAGCAACAAAAUGACCAUGAAGUUGGUCGAUUACUUAGGCCAGCAUCGGAAAACCUGUCAUCGUCAUCACCAAUUUCGUCACCACGGGACCCAAAAUCAUCAUUUCGCACAGACAAGAAAGAGGAGAAGCAUCAAGAGCAGUCUAGAAUCUGGAAAGGCCAUUACUUCAUAUCGCUCGAUCAACCCCCUCGAAAUCCGUCAAGAGGAUGGGUAGUUGGUUCCUUGAGAAAUGGGCCUCAUUUGAACGAUGUCGUCCUUUGUUUACGUUCGGCUAAUGAAAAGCUGUACAAAGUCCGACGCAAUCAGGCUAUUCUCCAAAUUGAUGAAAUAAGUUUCAUAUAUGUGCAGCCAAUGACUGAUAGAUCUAUCACCUUGGUCAACGGAGAUAAGAUCACCAGGAAACGAGUUUUCAACCACUCAUCCGCUAGCCUGGCAUUCGGCUCCCUCUGCUACCGCAUCCAGUAUGCUCGAGGGUCUUACGCCGACGACUACCCCAGCAGAGUCAAGCGUUACUUGGACGAGCACCUCAAUAUUUCUAAGACUCUGCUGGAGCUAUCACUGACACCAACACCAUCUGAAAGCAGUCCCAUUGUCAUCGGACAGUGGACUAUCAGCGCAGGCACUGUAGGCAAAGGAGCAUCCGGAAUGGUCAGCAUCGCUUCAAAUGACCAUGGCCAACGUGUUGCUUUAAAGAGAGUGCAGGUUGGGAGAGAUAGGGAGCGCACACGGAAAGUCCAAGCGAAGCUGGAGACACUGGCUACAUUAUGCCAGAGGAAGAACGAAAGCCGUCUGCUGCGACUUAUCGAAGUUAUCACGGAUGAUGUGAGAUCAUCUAAUAGGAUAGCGGACGUUUGGUUCGUUCAAGAACCAGCUGCUCAGGACAUACUUUCCACCGCACUCACAAGGGGGUUCUUCAAACAAGGUCAAGAAAGGAUAUCCAUCGUCACAACCGUUCUGAUAGACAUCCUUGGCGCCACAAACUUCCUGCACAAACACCGCUGGAUACAUGGAGAUCUCAAACCCGGCAACAUUGGCAUCCGUACUUGGACCAGCGAGAGCAUAUCUGUGGUGCUGCUAGAUCUCGACGAUGCAGAGGAAAGCCCCUUUCCAGGUAGACAUCACCCUGCUCGGCCUGGAACUGGCGGAACGAUCGGGUGGCUAGCACCUGAGCGAGAGAUGACAGGGUACAACGAGCUGGCUGAUAUCUGGAGUAUCGGCGUAAUGGCCAUUGAGAUGAUUUCGGGGCGACAUCCGUGGCGACAGGGCAAGAAUCCAUGGAGGCCUGGCUCUGAGGCUGCUUUGAGGAACGCCAUUAUUGGCAUGGUGCGGCAUCCAUAUGCUGAGACGUCGACACAACGCCAAUCAAGACUUACGGCGAAAGAGGCUCUGAGACUUCUGGGUCAUGUUGAAGAUGAUGAAAACGCUAGCAAGCGACAGAAAUGUCUUUGA